UACUGGUCACCGCCUCCUAGUUACUAAACACAGUGACGGAACCAGCCGUACUGGAAUCCAACAGGAAACCGAAGCACUGAGCUGCGGACCGCUGCUAUGGCAAACACUCAAUACAUAGAACUAACGCCAUAAUAAUUUGUCAGUAGUUGGCUGCCAGCUCUUCAAAUAGGCGGUUAAGAACAACCAACUUCACUACACGACCAGUGGCACUGUGAGCAGCAUUUAUGUUACGCUGCGAGUACCGAUUCGAAUCGUUCUAUCUGUUGUGCCAGUGUUAGAGUUCUCGUACCGACCGCGUAAUUGAGCUGGAGUUGAGCCAGCUUUUAGCAGUUUUGUCUGCGCUAAUAGCGGGCACCUUAGCUCCAGCUUCUGACGGUGUAUGAACGCUUUAAUGGCGCUAGAAUAGAAGUGCUUUAACGCCCGACUCCUUUUCCUGCUUGCUCCUUUGCCGUAGACUCCGCUGUUUACUUCCUGCUCUCGUAGCUGUGGUAGCGGCGGCGUUUGUCGUAAUGGUUAUGCUAAAUCGGGAUGCUAAGCUGACCAUCCAGCUGCCCCGAAAAAUUCGUUGACGAAGGAGGCGCAGGGAAUAGGCAAGUGAUGCUACAUUUUUCCGAAGAGAAGGCUCUAACAGCACGAAGCGAAGGACCACAGCACAGCAGAACGUAAUAGGAUUAGUUCACUGUUUGCAGCUGGUCCCAGAUGGCAGUGGCUGGGCAUCGCCAAGGAAACUAUUGUGCUUACUAGAAGUAGUGUUUCUUUGCUAGAGCAGAAGAACAGCAGCAGCGAAGCCGUGGUGGCCACUGCUUGAUAUUUAUAGCGUUGGCAAGUUAAGAUCAACAAAUACGAAAGACAGCGACUCCUUUGGAGCUCUUGCGGAUCUAGAAUAAUCGGAUGCUUUUUCUUAAGCAACCGAAGAUAUCAACAAGUACGUGUCAGUCCAAAACCAAAUGGGCUAAACAAUGGCGGACAGCAAAGACGGCGCGAGCUACGAUCUUACGAGUACACGAAGAUAGUUUUGGCAAUAGUUAGUAUACCUCUUUCGACUUGAGGAUAGAGUGUCCAGUAAAUGUCCGUAUCAAAAAGUGAGCGAGCAACUCUGGGCAUGAGAUGCGUCUAACUGCAGUAAGCAGCAAGAAGGGACCGGCCAUUGGAAGAUCGGAAUAUGUUUAUUAUUGUUAUGUGAACUGGAUGGCAGAACUAGCGGUAUUGUUGUAGUUUUUGCAGUUACACUUUUCGGUACAGACUGCCUAAACUGCUACCACCAUUAUCCCUGAAACCUAUGUAGAUUUGUGCCGUUGUUCGUCAACAAGUAUUCUCCUAACGAUGACGAGCGACUGUUGGACUGUGCAAAAUGCCACCCCAUGAUCGACACACUUUGGGAUAAGUUCUUGCUUAGUAGGAAUCCUAAAACACGAAAAGUCGUAAGGAUCUUCGCAUUCGUUCGUUGUUGCUCUCAUUCAUUCGUUCCAGUUGUGACGCUCUGCUUCUGAUGACGAUGCCAAUGUUUCACUAAUUCGUUAGUGAUAGCUACAACUGAGUGCACGAAGAAUGAACGCGCCUGCGACGAAGCUCUUCACAGUAGAAUUACUACUUAACAUACUUAUCCUAGAGAGGUUCAAAUAGAUUUUAUCUAGUGGCCUAAUAGAUUUAUUCGUUCAUUUGGGUGCAUGGCGUAUUACCCGCACGGACAAGCGGUGAUGGUUCUUGGAUGAGGAACAGUGACCUACGGCAACACAUGUUAGAAACUUUUAUCAAGUGAGGGAGAGAAACCCCUGUCAACAAACACUAAAGAGUACACACAUCUUGCAACUUGUAGCGUCUUCCACAACGACGAAAUUAGUCCACAAAAGUGACGUUAGGCGUGGACUAAUUGUGCUCACCUAUUUGAUGACAAACAGUGUGCUGUGGAUACCUUGGAUACAAAUAGAUUUUGUUUUCCUUAUGAUUUAGAAAACUGUAACAAAAAAUAAGCUGGACUUACCAACGGUAACAACCCAUCAAGAGUUUGAGAGUGAAACAGUUUAUUUAUAACAUCUGUGAAAUUUGGAAGAAGUAUUAAAUCACCCUUCUUCGAGAUCAAUGACGUCGUCAUCUGCCUUAUCGUUGUCCUGUGGGACCACUACCGCUAAUGGAGGGGAUAAGUUUCAUGCGGCAGCAGUGGACAACUAUCUGGAUAUCCUACGGGAGACUACACGGAAAGACUGUAAUACUCCUGAUGACGACGGUCUCACGCCAACGCUGUUAGCGGCAUACCACGGUAAUCUAGAUGCCUUGAGACUACUUGUUGGAAGAGGAGGGAACCCUGAAAAAUGCGAUCUCUUCGGGCAAACAGCGCUUCAUCUCGCCGCGGCGAAAGGCCAUAUGAAUUGCGUCUCAUUUCUAGUCAAUUUUGGUACCAACCUGUUUGCACUCGAUAAUGAAUUCCAUACGGCAAAGGAGGUCGCGCUUAUCAAUCAACGAGAAGACAUUCUACGCUUUCUCGAUGCUGCGAUUGCUAAGGAAAGUGCACUCAAUACUAAGGUAGUGCAAAAAUUGAAAGAAAAAGCUAUACGUGACGCAGAGAAGAGGGUGAAGAAGUUUGAGAAAAUUACUCAUAGGUCUGUCGAGAAGGCGGAACGAGAUCAUCGCAAAGAGCAAAGGCAACGGCGGAAACACACGCUCAUAACUGAUUCGCUAACCUCGGCAAACUGCCGGGUUGUAUUACCACCCGGAAGUGCUAAAAAUUCUGCAGGUGGGCAAUCGCAGAAAUUUUCGGAGAUUGUGUCGACGAUUAACGGAACCUCUAGACGAGGCUUUGGAGCAGUAGUCUCGAAAAAGCUUCUCAGCAAGCGGACAAGUACUUCAAUCCAGACGCUCAAUGAACAAGAAGCUGGAAAGGUAUUAGACCCCACUCGAUUAGGACAAUUGAGCAUUCGUUCGAAAGUAGACAACAACGAUGUGAUCUACGCGGCACCUUCAAACCUAAUGUACGGGCAACGUACUAGAAGUCCUAGCCAUGCCUCAACCGAGCAUCUGUCAGCAUCCAGCGGAGCUUUCAACAGUGCCGACGGGUCGCACGGAAGAAUUCACAUGAGGGACGUCUUCGAAGCCGGCUUACUUACUAGUUCUCCAAAUGGCAACUUGAAUAACAUCAGCCAAACGACAUCCAAUCAGUCGGCCGAUUCAUGCGGCGUCGGCGAAGAUUUGGCCCCUUUGACGUCUUCGACCUCAUCGAUCUUUGAACGACCCGGCUUCGGUUCAGUGGCGUUCCGCAACUCCUUAGCAACAAAUCCAGCGCUCGCUUUAGCGGGUCCCUGCGUAGUGACCAAUGGCUCUUCGUCAAAGAGUGGUACCAGUAGUGGCGGCCAAGGCUUCUCAUCGAGGACAACAUUGAGCUCGUCAACAAACUCAAAAAGCAGUUCUACAACGUCUUCAGGAUCUACGUCUGCCGAACAUUCGUCUGAGGAGUCAGCGACGCUGAGCGGAUCCGAUUCAAUUGGGUCCGUUGGGAGCUUGGUUCAGAGGACUAACAAGCGACGAAGCGACCUCUCAGACGUACCGUUAUGCAUUCAGGUUUCAUCUUGGGAUGAUGAGCGCACGUCAUUGUCAUCGGUCGACGAGGACACCAAUCCUGUUUAUAUUUUCCUCUCCGUACAUCACUUGCAGGAGUAUUAUUCAAUUUUCGAACGCGAGAAAAUUGAUCUCGAUGCGUUGCUACUUUUAAAUGAAGCUGAUCUCCAGACUAUUGGCCUUCCACUUGGUCCAAGGAAAAAGCUUGCAAAUGCUAUCGAAAUUCGGCGAGCAGCACUAGAUAAACCGGACGAAAAAUUUGUUGAUUCACGAAUGUAGACAAAAAAGGCGCAUAAGUCAAUUAGGUGGAUCAACACGAUAUACAGGAAUAUUUAUAUGGAACUCUACACAUUUUUUCAUCAGACAGUAAUAUAAAUGCUAUCAAUAUUUGCGAAAGCUCUUCUAGGGAAGUGUUAAUCGUUGGCUUUUUCCAGUGCUUAUGCAAAGGUUUCUAUGACGACCUGCAUAAGAAAGAAAUGUUCAGCUUUGUGUUAUUACAAGCACCACCGACCCGAAGCAGGGCGAUCAUUGCUAAUAGGUAGAAACGAUUCACUACGUAUAUAACUCUCAGAUCGUGCGUGAGCUUAAUAGCUUGUUUCAGUGUGCUCAGAUCGUAGUCGGUAGACAGAAGGAGAGGGUGGAAGGUAAGGGACCGCCAUUGCAAAAUAUACAGCAAAUAGAAAAAUAAGACAAUUUGUACAUUUUCAAUCCAUCCAGAUACUGUACAGUUCGACUACUGACAUCGACAUAAACAGAAGUUCCACUGACGCAUUUGCGAAAUAAAGUAAUAUAUGAAUAUAUAUAUAUAUAUACUCAGGAUGCACUAAUACCGGCACAAACGCGAUUUAUCUGUUCUAAAGCUCGUCCAUAGUGAUCACCGUCAGCAGCUUCAUCAUGCAUCCGAUGGGUCCAUUACUCUUUAGCACAGCCAUGAGCCGGAUCUGGCUGUUAAUAGUAAUGGAGUUCCUAGUUUAAAAGUGACUCGACACAUUACAGCAGAUACACAAGCUUGGCCUACUAUACACGCUAACUAACUUCAGCAAUGUUUCAGCAUCAGCUAUAUCUCUGUGCGUUCGGUAGUCGCGUGCGAGCCACGGAGGUGCCGUAAAGUAAGGCGGCAACGUCCCAGUUAGGUAGUUGACGAAGUCGUCAUACAGGCUGGAUGAUACCCUUAGAUGCCUCUUAGGAACGCUUUUAGCUCAAACGGCAACCCGGUAGACCACAGUCCAGUACACACCACUUUUCCUAAAUGAACACUAACGCGUUUUUAUAUCUCUUCGGACCCACGCAUAGUUAUCUUCGACGUGAAGUCGUGCUUUCUCGUCUGAGUGGGCGAGCCUCUAGUUCAUUCCACGUCACCCAACUGUCUAUAGUGGGUUCGAAUCGGUACCGUGCUAAAAGUCAAUAAGCAAUCCCAAACAGACACUACUACUUAUGGGGUUAGCCAUAAGCACUUGCUGUUAUCGUCAAGGUAAUGAAGUGGCGAAAACGUACGAAGUCCUUGAAAAGUCGCUUGGCUCGUACAAUACGCCCUUUUGUCAUUGAUGCCAACAAUCGAAGUAACGACGUGGUAAUAGUGACAUAAAUUAAAUUUACUGGUUCUGCACCUUGCUUUUUCAUAGAAAUAGCCUAGCACUUAGAAGUAUCCAAAAAUGAAUAUAUAUUGUAUGCGUCGUAGUACUAUAUGUAUAUAUAACUUUUCGUACGAUACACUCAUUUUAUACACGUAAACUGUAACGUUGAAACAGCGGCUUUUCAGUUAGAUAUCAGAUCGAGCUUUUUUCCUAUAAUAUUUCAUAUCAAAACGUUUACUUCUAUAGAAGUUUUUAGAAUGCUGUUACGUCCAAUUGAAUAACACAUGUUGGUUCGAAUCUCAUAAUGAAACACACGGCCUGCUUAUGAGCUUGAUUUUAAUAGAUAUAAUGCAAUAGAAAGCUCAAGGAAAUGACUAUUUUCGGCAUAUAUUGAUCAAGUGCUUAUAUUCGUAGUGCACGUAUACCGUUCGCGUAGCCUAAUGAAUUUAGUACAAAAUCUAAUCAACCACAUAAAUAAAGUACUCUAAAGAGUCGAGGUAACUAAGACAGUAUGAGAAUUCUUAACACACGACUGCUUCCAAAAAAGGCAUUCUAUGUGACCCAUUUUUUUUUGAAACACAACCUUUUAUCAUAUGGGUUGCUAUUUGGCUGGAAAGCGGUACCUCGACGGCAAGGUUGGUCCGUUGGUGGUUAGUGUUCGCUGACGGGCACAUAUCAACAGCAUGGGUAAUAUUCUCCUUCCUAAUUGGUUCGAUUCUGCUUGACAACAUAGGGGGCAUGUUGGUAAGAUGAACAUUAGGAAGGCACCUAUUUAUCUGGUGCCUUUUGUCACUGCGGCAUUAUAAAAAUAAAUGUCGACAUGGUGCAUACACUCAUUAUUGGUGGUACGAUGCUGAAAGUAUCUGCUAUCUUUAGUUGAGAAUUGAUUGUUAGUAGAGUCUUUGCCUUGACUACUAUAUUUACAGAUUACUGCCUUGCAAAGAAACACAAUAGGUAGUGUAUACCAGCAAACCUUUAAUGAGUAUUUAUAGUAAUUUUAAUGGUAUAGUGGUUCCUUGGGCGGAAUUUGCGUAGAGCUUAUGUCAAAGGAAAACCCCCUGAUGCGAGAACGUUCAAUAGCGCGUUGGUGUUAUAACAUAGCCCCACUUAACAUUAAUGUUAGCUUACUAGUGUUAUUGCAAAAAUUAGUGUCAAAAUACACAAAGUACUGAACGUAUCGACGCGUCGUAGUAGAAUUGGAACUAUUGUAUAUUUUUGACAGACGAAAAAGGAAAAAAUGUAUAGACCUUUUCAGACAUUGCUUUUUUACUAAUAAACAAGGAUACAAAUGAG